CCAGCAGCAGAGUGAGAAACACAGCUGAGUGAUUCACAGCGGAGUCAGGAAUAUGGGGGCAUUUCGUGUAUCAGUGAUCUGUGGCUUUCGGUGGAUAUUUCGUGACCAGAAUGCGAGGAUUUGACGCCUUUCUCCGUUAUUUUGGGAACUUAAUCCACCCUAACUGCGUGAAUGAGCGUUACAGGCUUUACAGCGGAUAGAGAAACACAGGCGCCCUGAUUAAACAAGUAAACCCGGCGGAUUAAUCCGCGGAAUUACUGCGGACUUUUCCCGGUUUGGGAAAUUAGUGGGAUUGUUUUGAAACGGAGAGAUCAGUUAACGUUAUAUUCGUGUAGAACUUCGCGUUAGAUGGACUUGCUUUUAUUAUGAAGCUGUAGGCACUGUUUACCUUGCUUAACCGCAGCUUUCUUCUCCAUCUGCUCCUGUCUUUUGCAGCUUUCAAGUCUAUGUGAACAUUUUUUUUUAUUAUUACGAUAUAUUGAUAACUUAGAAACACUAGACACAAAAUAGAUACACACAGCAUAUAGCUUAGCUAGGUUAACAAUUGAGGACAUCCAAGAUUAAAAAGAAAAAUAAAUAACUCUUUUCAUAUAACCUAUGGUAACUAAGCAAAGCUUUUUAUUACUAAAACAUUUAACUAAGCAACAAACCGCUCUGUUCUGUGUCUAUAACUAAACUGACUCUAUUAGUAAAAGAGACCACUAGUCUCAUUUAUCUCAGUGAUCUCUGAAAAACGAGUAUUCUGAUAUAACCUAGCUGUUAAUAUUCCUUUCUGGGUGGAAUUAAAGGCAGCUACAGUUUCCCAGAUUUUAAAUAAUCAUUGUUAGCUUAAGCUAAUGCCAGCUCUUUCACUUCAGCAGUUUUUUCAUGGACUUGGUGUGAAGACAGUUUAUUAGCUAGCUAGCUUUUUGUUAAAAUAAAAAGGAUGGGACGCUGUAAGUAACCUGGACCAACACUAGCUCCAUUAAUUAAUUAGUUAUAUAGUUGGCUAAUUAAAUAAUUGCUGAGAAAUGUGUAGAUGGCUCGCUAGUUGACUUGAUUCCCUUCGUGCACUUGCUCCUUAUUUAUUCAUCCUCUCGAUUUAGCGGCUCCAGCUCAGUAGCAGAGCGUUUUAUAGAGAGUCUGAACACUUGUUGUUACUGCAAUUAACGUUACUGAUAAACGCUAGAGAGAGCCAGCGAGGGAGACCUCAAUGAAUUGGCGUAAAUGGAGCCAAUAGGCUAAAACUUACAAUAAAAAUAGGCUCCAACUGAUUGUACCGGAUAUUCCUUUAAUUAUAAAAAGGAGGAUAAAAUAUUUUGUUUUUAAAAAAGUAAAGAAAACGAAUGUGUAUGUUUUCAUUUUCGUACAGAAAACAUGUUUUAGACAAGUAGCAUUAAGUAGCAUUAUUGCUACUUCGAGCUGACUGUUGAAAUGCGUAUAACUCAAGUUUAAAAGCUUUAAAAAGUAUGUCUUCGGGACUGAAACAUUCCAUAUUGUCAUAUUUUUCAUUAUGGAAAUGACCAAACAUUAAUAAACUAUGAUUUUACUCAGUUGCUCCAUUUAAACCCAUUCAUUUUGGGCUCACUGUGGAGCGCUCCCUGGUGGUCAAACACAGCGGAAACGGUUUUUAAGUGGGUGUUCUCCUCUCUAGAGACUCUCAGUAAGUAGGUUGCUAUGCAGCAGCCUAGCUAGGAGCUGGCGACUUAACGUUAUUAUCAUCACUUGAUGUAGCUAGGUGUACCAUAGACAUGUAUUACUGUAGUUAGCUAGCUAGCUAACUAACUAGCCUAGCCGUGAAGACUCUGAUUUAUUUAUGUUACGUUAGCUUAGCUAGCAAGCUAAUAUAACCUAAAUAGCGUUAUCUGUUUUGGUUAGGAUACGCGCCAGUUAGCUAUUAGCUAGAAUAAAUAUUUAGUUCGUUUAAAGAGGGAAAACGGCUUCCUUUCACCCCACCACCGCUAUGAAUGUCAUUUCAGUCCUCGCGUAGUUAAGUAAGUUAAGUCAGUUAGCUAGUUAGCUAAACUAGUUAGCUAGUUAACUAUCCUUAGCUCCGCCACCAAAACAACAAACAAAGUGGAGCCAAGAUAUGAAAAGCGGACAAACUCGAGGGGAAUAAAGUGUGCCGUGUGGACAUGCCCUUUCCAGCAGCAUGCAGGCUGAUGGCAGCAGCAGCGGCAGCGUCGGUGGCAGUGCCCAUGCCUCCCCGCCGGGCGCCGGGUCUUCAGCCGCCUCGCCGUGCCGGGUCCUCCCGGCGCUCACGCUCGGCAUCGCGGCGGCGGCGGUGCUCCUGCAGUUUGGCUGUGGGGGACUCAGCCUAGCGGCGUUUUUCCUCAAGCUGUCCAUUUCUGUCUCCUUCACGCUCUUCUGUUUCCUGCUGGGCUGCUUCGGUUUACUCGCCAAGAAGAGCCCUCUUAAACUCAGCAGAUUCCCCACGGCCAAGAGGCAGCAGGCGCCCAACCUGCUGGAUAAACUGAUGGGGCGUUUUUCUGUCCCGCUGCUGGAUGCAGCACAGACCAGACGAGUGGUCGUGUCUCACAAUAUGGAUAAAGCCCUUAAAGAAGUCUUUGACUACUGCUAUAGGGACUAUAUCUUGUCGUGGUAUGCCCCGCUGAGUCGAGAUGAGGGGCAGCUGUAUCAGAUGCUGUCUGAAGAUUUCUGGGAGAUGAUCAAGCAGCUGAGGGUUCGUCUCUCUGAGGUGGACGUCGUGAACGUUGUCUGCAACGACACCGUCAAGACCCUACAUUCCCAUUUCUGUGACCUCAAGGCUGCAAACGCCAGGCAGGAGGAGACUCCGAGGCCCUUGGCGCUGCACCCGUGUCUGCGCAGUUCCGAAGAGGAGCUGCAGUUUUUGCGUUGCUGCUCACGCCUGCUUGUGCUGUGUGCGCUGCCUGCACGUGACGCUCGCUGCCGCAGCCUCCGCCUCGUCCUGGUGGAGGUCAUUGCCACUAAAGUGCUAAAGCCAUUGGUGGAGGUGCUAAGUGAUCCUGACUACAUUAACCAGAUGCUUUUGGCUCUGCUGGAGCAUCGCGAACAGCAUAAAAAGGCGUACAUCUACGCAGACUCUUACGAAGAUUUCUUCAAACUAAUCAGCAACAGCACUGACAUUGACUUCCUCAAACAGCUCAGGUAUCAGAUAGUUGUGGAGAUUGUUCGAGCGACGACUCUCAGCAGCAUCCCACAGUUCAAGAAACAGAAAGACAGUAAAGGGAAGGAUGUAGCUGCUAUGAAGGCAGACUUGCUGGGAACUAGGGAUAUCAAGCGCUACAUCAAUCAGCUCACAGUGGCUAAGAAGCAGUGUGAGAAGAAGAUCCGGCUGCUGGAGGGUCCUAACUACGAGCAGGAGGUUGAUGGCAACCAGGAUGAUGGAUUUGGGCCUCAGGGCCAGAAGAUUCUGCAGUUUGAGGAGAUCAUGUCUAAUGCUCUUUACCGGGAACAUUUCCGCAUCUACAUGGAGCGAGUUGAUAAAAGAGCUCUCAUCAGUUUCUGGGAGCUGGUGGAGACACUAAAGACUGCUAACAAGAAUGAGGUACCGCAGCUGGUUGGGGAGAUCUAUCAGGACUUUGUGGAGAGUCGAGAGAUCCCUGUGGAGAAAGCUCUGUUUAAAGAGAUCCAGCAGACUCUGGUUGGGAACAAGGGCACGGACGUGUUCCACAAGAUCCAGAGUGAUGUCUAUGAAACCAUGAAGGAGCGCUAUUACCCAUCUUUCCUAGUCAGCGACCUCUAUGAGCGGCUCAUGAAGAGGGAGGAGCAGAGGAGCAGCUCGCAGUCCAGCAGCGAGGACAAAGAUGAUGGAUGUCAAGUCAUGGAGGGGGUAGAAGUGGCUGUAGACGAAGGCAGUAAAGGCAUCAAUGAACAGGCCAGCUACGCCGCCAACAAACUGAGCCAGCUGUGUGAAAGACUGGAGUACAAACGCCAAGCACUCGGCAUCAUACAGGGUGCACCCAGAACUGACAAAAAGAUUGUGACCAUGCUGAAGGAGGAGAUCAGGGUGAUGGAGAAGGAGCACAGUGACCUUCAGCUGCAUAUCUCACGCACAGACUGGUGGUGUGAGAACCUGGGCACCUGGAGGGCUGUCAUCAACACUGCAGAGGCUUGCGAGGAGAAUGGUGAGCAGAUGCCGUGUUACUGUGUUGCUGUGAGUCUGUUAGAGGGAGACGACUCUAAGAACAGCUGCUGGAGCGUCACCAGGAAGCUGAGCGAGUUCCAGGCUCUGCACAGGAAGCUGACCGAGUGUUUUCCCUCACUGAAGAAGGUACAGCUUCCCUCUCUCAGUAAACUGCCCUUCAAAUCAAUUGACCAAAAAUUCCUUGAGAAAUCCAAAAACCAACUCAAUACGUUUUUGCAGAAAAUGCUGACGGAUGAGCUCAUGUGCCAAAGUGAGGCAUUGUACGCUUUUCUCAGCCCUUCACCAGAGCACCUUAAGGUCAUGGACAUCCAGAAGAAAUCCUCCUUCUCCUUCGCCUCGUUUCUGGGGAGACUGCCUCGCGACUUCUUCUCCCAUCAGGAGGAUGAAGCAGAUGACGACAGUGAUCUCUCUGACUAUGGUGAUGAUGCAGAUGGAAAGAAAGAUGACCUCGCUGAACCCUUCUUCAUGCUCAUUGGAGAGGUCUUUGAACUCAGGGGCAUGUUUAAGUGGGUACGGAAGACACUAAUUGCACUAGUUCAAGUCACGUUUGGACGGACCAUAAAUAAGCAGAUCAGAGACACAGUAAACUGGAUCUUCAGUGAGCAGAUGAUGGUUUACUAUAUCAAUAUAUUCCGGGACACCUUCUGGCCCAAUGGAAAGCUGGCACCCCACAACAAAUCUCGCUCGGACAGUGAGCGUCAGGAGACCAAGGAGAGAGCCCAGCAGAAGUUGCUGGACAACAUUCCAGUUGAACUGCAGAACCUCGUGGGGCAGCAGAAUGCCAGGUAUGGGAUUAUCAAGAUCUUUAACGCACUUCAGGAAGCCAGUGCCAACAAGCAUCUCCUUUAUAUUCUUCUGGAAAUGCUCCUCAAAGAGCUCUGCCCUGAGCUGAGUGGAGAAACGAAGCAGGUCUGAUCACAGAUACCCGGGACUGAAGGAUGAGCCUCCUCGGCUUUGGUUAUUUAUCUUUUACUUUGGUGUUUUUUUGGAAGCAAUUUAUUUUAUUUCUCGAUCUUUAUCUGAAAAUACUUGACUCAGUAGCACUCGUGUGAGGGGGGCUUCACGGACAUCACUAUUGCAUAUUUUUUUGUCACCUCCGUCCGUUAUAUCUCUCGCUGGAUUGUAUCUACACACCAGGUCUACUGCCAACCUACCACAUUUUAUUUGUUUUCGUUUCUUUUUUGUUGUCUGUGGGGUUUUUGUUAGACCUGGUAAGGUCAACAAAUGUGAAUAGUUGUGGAAUGAGUGUUGUAAUUUAAAAAAAAAAGUAAAGAAAAGAGAAAAAAAUGGAAACCUGGACCUCUUAAACCUCCCUACCUACAGUACAGUACAUAUUGUGGACAUAUUUUGAAGGAUUUUAAUUGUUCAAUCUGUCAUGUAAAGUUAUUGUGACAAUUUCUUUGUGAUAUUAUUAUAGAUUUUAUUUUUACCAAAAAUAGACUUAGAUCAUUUAUAAGCAAUAAAUUGCGAAAAGAA